AUGGAGUUAAAAAUAAUUAAUAAAGAAUGGGUCUAUAAUAUAUUAUACAAUAACCAUAAAGUAAUAACAGGCGUACGAAUAUUUUUACUUAUACUGUGCUUUAUAAAUAAAAUAUUCGCGCUCAACCACGAUGAAAUAGAAGAAAUCCAUGAAUUACAGUUUACGAACCAGCCAGAAUCGGAAGAUAGUGUGGUAAUUAACUUAGAAGGGUCAUUAAAUGUAGCCAGGUGGUAUAUAGAUGAUACAACAAAUAAUAUAACGAAUAAGAAAUGGUUAAACACAGAUAACAAAGUAAUUAUGCACACCAAAGAUGAUAUAACCCGAAUGUGUUAUAUAACGGAAAGCACACAGGGCAUACCACAGAACCAGAGUGAGAUAGAUAAGUAUAUGAAAGGAUAUUAUCGUGUAUUAUAUACACUGUUUAAUUGGAGUUUAAUACGCCCAGAGGAUAAAUCAAAGAGUAAAAGUAAAGAGGAUGAGAUAGCCAGUUCAAGCAGUAAGUAUAUUUAUAGAACAUUAGCGCACUUAUUUCUUAUGACAGAAGGGUUAUACUUACCCAUAGAAGUGAGUGAUUCAGAAUAUGAUGAUAUGGUAUUUAUGCUAUCAGAUAGUAAUAAUAAGUAUACUCAUAUACGGUGCAUAGCUAGUUAUAUAGGGCAUAAAAGGAACAGUAAGCAUAUGGAUAGUUCAAGUACAUACAAUAUGAUGUACAAUUGUUAUUGUAAUAUGAGUGAGGCAGAUAAGUCAGAGAAUGAGAGGAGGAUAAUUGAAUUUUUUAUAGAGUAUUCAGACAGAUCAGUUAUACAGAAGGCCUUUAAAUUUACAGAGCCCACUACAAGAGAAGAAUUUAUAACAGGAGAAUUCAUGAACACCCCUGGGUUUCUUAUACAGAAUUAUGUAUACAUAACCAUGUGCUCUGUGCUAGAAAUUAAAUUAUUCAUAGAAGAAGUACAUGCCCUUCUAAUGGAAUGUAUUAAAGGGGUAUCUAAGGACAAAGCAAAGCAUAAAGAAACUGCAACUAAAAUAUUCAAGAAAUUAUUCAUACCAAAGAAAGAACAGAAAAGGGCAGGUUCUGUGUUAAUUAAUGAAAGGGGCUUAUACGACCUAGUAAAGACAAUGAAUAUAACUUAUGAGCGGAUCGUGUCAAACAGCAGUAUUAUUACUGAAAACACAAAGCUUAAAAAUAUUUUUAUAGAAAUCCAGGCGAAAGUAAAUUUUAUUAAUGCAGCAUCUCUAUGGGGGCUAAUGUUCAACGACUAUUUAUUAUUUUUAAUCGAGAUAUACAGACACCAAUUUUCAUUCCCAGAUUUAUCCAGAUUUGGGCUUAGUCCACAUCCAAGUAAUGGGAUUAAGUAUAUUAGUGUUAUAGCCGAAGAGUAUUAUAAUGACAUAUCUGGGCUAGUUUUAUUUAAGUAUGUACUGCUUCUAAAUAAAAAUUAUAAAAGUUUGAUUAGUGCACUGCUUGCUAUAGCUAUUCAUAAGAAUGAGUCUGCGGACAGUCGUAUACUAAAAUUUAUAGAAAUUUUAGUUUUAUUCAGUAAUAAGGAGAAUAGCUCAACAUGUAUCACGAAUCAGGAUAAUUUAAAUGGGAAGUUUCCAAUUGAUGUAUAUUAUCUACCGGUUCAGUGCAUUGCAAUGGAAUUUAUUAAGAAGAAGAGAUUACUGUCUAAUAUACCGCAUAGGCCUAUAAUACACAUUAAACCAGUUGCCCACCUAGAUAAUGGGCAGUAUUCAUAUGAAAUUCAGGUGAUUAGCGACAUAAUAGAGUAUUUAAUUUACAAAAAGAGCACUGAUGGUCUUUGUUAUUUUAUAAGUCUAUGCAUGUCUAAUUUUGGUAAUUCCUGGCUUAAUUUAGUAAAGAAAUCCGAAAAUGGCACAAAUGUAAGCAGAAGUUCAAGAAAAUCUGGAGAUACUUAUGAUUUAGCCAUGCACUUUACUGCUGGUGGCACUGAAGUAGUGCAAUUAACUCGCAUUUAUGAUAAGUUAGUUAAAAACAAGAGUGACUCCGACACCCUGCAAUUUAACCCUAAUAAUGUAUCGAGCUUUUUAACAUAUAUAUUAUGUCGUGCUUUUGAAGAUAUAAGUACGUAUGAGAAUGUUAUUGAAAAAAUAUAUGAAAUAUGGAUACGUACCAUGCUUAAUGAAGAAUUAAAGCCAGUAAUUCAGAAUAUAUCCCCAAACUGUCCUACACUAAAAAUUAUUCUUAGUUUAUUAGAAACAAAAAUUACUAAACUGAGUAAAAAUAUAGAGAAGAAUGCGGAAUACAUUGACAGAUUGUCUAAAAUGCAGGAGGAUAUUCAAGCUAUUAUUUGUAAUAUUAAAGAAUGUAGCUAUGGAAUAUAUAAAAAUCAAAAUAUUUGGAACAUGUAUGUGGAGAAUCCAGGUUGGAUUUGGAAUGGCAUGGAUGAGGAUGAGAAGAAGCGUAUUUUUGAUUCUAACAAUGACUGGGAUGAAAUCAAUGAUGAUAUAGAUGGGAACGGUGAUAUUAUAGGUGGCAAUUGCAGCAAUGAGAACCCCAUCGGAAGAGACCAUUUAAAUGCAAACAUUGAUCAAACAUACAAUAGUGAUUCAAGUAGUUAUUUUGCCAGUAGUAUUAGUUCAUUAAGUGAUUUAAGCGAUCAUUCUGAUUAUUGCAGUACUAUCUGCAGUAGCAGGAGGAAUAGUAAUAGUAAUAGCGUUAGUACUAGUGAGUGUGAGGAGUGUGAGGAGUGUGAGGAGUAUGAUGAUGAUAGCAAAAAUAGCGAGGAUGAUAUUCAACAUGAUUUAAACAUUGUUAAUAAAAUCAGUGACAAUGACGACAGUAGAAUCAACUGCAGCUGCUUCUACUGCAUUAGGGAUAGUAGGGAUAGUAGUGAUAGUAGUGAUAGUAGUGAUAGUAAAAAAAACGAUAAUAUUAAAUGCAAUCCCACUCCUUGUGGUAAUAAUAGUAUUGGUAACAGCAAGGAUAAUAAUAGUAAUCACGAUGUUGUUAUUACUAGCAUCAAUAUAAAUCAGAAUAAAAGCAAUAAUAGCCGUGACGAUUACAGUGACAGCGGCAAUGGCCAUAAUGCUAUCGGUGAUGUUGAAGAUGACAAUAAAACAACUUGUAGUGCUAAUAACAGCAAUAAUGAUAGAAGUGAUAGUUCCCGUGAUAUCAGUGACAUUUACACUGACACUGACACUGACAGCGGCAGCAGCAGCAGCAGCAGCGGCGACCAUAAUCCUAUCGGUGACGGUAGAGAUGACAAUAAAACAACUUGUAGUGCUAAUGAUCAUGCUAAUAACAGCAAUAAUGAUAGAAGUGAUAGCUACAGCAGCAGUAAUAGCAAUUAAGAAAUAUAAGGCCUGU